UACUAUUAUUUUUUAAUUUCAAAAGUAAACCCCAAACCGACUCGAAGACCUUUAUGCGAGAAAGCUCCCAAACGGGGCCUUGGUAAAUAUUUAAAGGACUUUUAAUGAUGUAUAAGCGGGUGGGAUUCUAAAGAAGUCUUGCGCCGGGUUUAUUCGGAUGCGAGAUCUAGUCGCAAUCUUAAACGGGCUGGGAUUCUAAAGAAGACUUGCGCUGGGUUUUAUUAGACUAGUCGUUGCUGGGUUUCUUCGUCGUCUGCUAUGUAAAACCUAGCACAGUCACUCAUGCAGAACACAUUCAAAGUGAUCUAAGGAAAGAAAAAUGGGUCGUACCGAGCCUUGUGUGCUGUUCGCUCAGACAUUCGUCCAUCCCCAACUCGACGAGUACGUCGACGAGGUAAUAUUUGCUGAACCUAUCGUCAUCACUGCGUGUGAGUUCCUUGAACAGAAUGCUUCAUCAGCCUCUCCAGCAGUGACACUUAUUGGGGCCACAUCACCUCCUUCAUUUGCUUUGGAGGUUUUUGUGCAGUGUGAAGGGGAAACAAGAUUCAAGCGGCUCUGUCAGCCCUUUUUGUAUUCUCAUUCUUCUUCUAAUGUGCUUGAAGUUGAGGCUGUAGUAACUAGUCAUUUGGUUGUAAGGGGCAGCUACCGCAGCCUUACCUUGGUCAUAUAUGGAAACACAGCCGAAGAUCUUGGGCAGUUCAACUUUGAAAUUGAUUUAGAUAGCUCUUUGACCAAUAUUGUUCGUUCUAUUGAGGAAAAGCUUGAAGACCUUCCUUCUGUAUUACUCCCAGCUAAAUUUACAAUUGAAGAAUCCAUAUCUCCCCUAAAAACAUUAUCUCUAGAUGCUGUUGCAUUGGAUAUUUCUGUUGAGAUCAAGCAAUUUUUACUGCUCACAUUUAAGAUUUUGGAGUUGUCAAACCUUGGGGAUGCAAUCAAUAAAGUUGUUAGUUCUGUGGUGUCAGCAGCCUCUUCUUAUGCCACGGAGAGCUUGCAGUGCAGAGGUAUUAGUGAGAAACAAAUUACUGAGGGCAGAUCAAGAAAUUGUGAAGUAGAUUCUUAUUAUGUUUUUCCUGAGGCCAGGAAGGAGCUUCUGGAAAUAUGUAAAAGCCUUCAACAUGAAUCUGGAAAGUCCUUAGCUGAAUUCUUGGCAGAGAGCAUGGUUCUUGAAUCUGAGGCUGAUUUGGCUACUUCGAAACAGUUAGUAGAUAUUUUGAGCCAGUACUUCCCUUUUAAUAAGAAUUCUGGAAAAGUUGGACAUCCUUUGCUUUCACAGAAUAAAAAUGUGAUUCUGUGGUUGAGCUUGGCUCUUGUUUUGUGCUCCGGUAGAGAGAGCUGCUUUCACUUUGUUAAUGAUGGCGGCAUGGAGCAGCUUGGGUAUAUUUUUUGCCAUGGCACUGAGAACUCUAGUGCUGUUACAUUAAUGUUACUUGGAGUUGUUGAGCAGGCUACUCGGCAUUCAAUUGGGUGUGAAGGGUUCCUAGGUUGGUGGCCUCGUGAAGAUGAAAAUGUUCCUUCUGGUAUCAGUGAAGGUUAUAAUCAAUUGUUGAAGUUGUUAUUGCGAAAGCAGCGUCACGAUGUUGCUUCUCUUGCAACUUAUGUACUUCAUCGCCUGCGUUUAUAUGAAGUCGCUUCCAAAUAUGAGUGUGCAGUAUUAUCUGUAUUGGGAGGUCUUUCUGCUGCUGGUAGGAUUACAAGUGUCACUUUGGACAUGCUUAACAGCGCUAAACUUCAACUCAAAAAGCUCUUGAAAUUGAUAAAUAUGCGCGGCCCGAUUGAAGAUCCUUCUUCAUUGGCCAGUUGGAGAAGAUCCUUUAUUCUGGGUGGAACAGAAGGUCUAUUGUCAUAUAAAGCAACCAGUAGCUUCAUUACUUCAUCAAAUUGCUGCUUUUCGAAUUGGGAUAUUGACUCACACUUGCUAUCACUUCUUAAGGAGAGGGGUUUCCUUCCUUUGUCAGCCGCAUUGUUGUCAUCUUCUAUCUUACGAUCUGAAGUGGGACAUGUGACGGACAUGUUGGUGGAAGUUGCAUCAUAUAUUGAGGCCAUUAUUCUUUCACUCCUUUUCUGUCGCUCAGGCUUAAUCUUCCUACUACUUCAGCCUGAACUCUCCACUACAGUAAUUCUUUCCCUAAAGGGUGCUGAUGAUUUGAAAAAGGAAGAGUCUGUUCCACUUCCUUAUGCAUUUGUCUUGAUAUCCAAGGGUUUCUUUUGUCGCCCGUGGGAAGUUGGAAUGAUUAUUGAAACACAUUUGAGGGUGGUUAAUGCUGUAGAUCGUUUGCUUACAUCAACUUGUUACUCUGAAGAAAUUUUAUGGGUUUUGUGGGAACUGUGUCGUCUUUCUAGGUCUGAUUGUGGGCGUCAGGCUUUGUUAGCUCUGGGGCAUUUUCCUGAGGCUAUUUCAGUUUUGAUGGAAGCAUUUCAUUCUUUCAAGGAUCUGGAUCCAGUUUCCUUGAAUAGUGGAGCUCCACCACUAAAUCUUGCGAUCUUUCACUCCGCUGCGGAGAUUUUUGAAGUAAUUGUCACUGAUUCAACUGCAUCUUCUCUGGGUUCUUGGAUUGAACAUGCUGCAGAACUUCACAAGGCCUUACAUUCUUCUUCGCCGGGGUCCAACAGAAAAGAUGCUCCGACACGGCUGUUAGAUUGGAUAGAUGCUGGUGUGGUUUAUCAUAGAAAUGGGGCAAUUGGUCUUCUAAGGUAUUCUGCUGUGUUAGCUUCUGGAGGGGAUGCACACAUGGCUUCAACAAGCAUUCUAGCAUCAGACACAAUGGAUGUUGAGAAUGUUGUUGGAGAUUCUUCCAAUUCUGAUAGUAAUGUUAUUGAGAAUCUACUUGGAAAACCUAUUUCCGAUAAGGAUUUUCAUGGCGUUGCUCUUCGUGACUCUUCUGUUGCUCAGCUGACAACAGCAUUUCGAAUCUUGGCAUUCAUUUCAGAAAAUGUGGCCGUUGCUGAUGCUCUGUAUGACGAAGGUGCCAUACUAGUUAUCCAUGCAGUUCUAAUUGACUGCAGGUUCAUGUUUGAGAGGUCCUCCAACAACUAUGAUUACCUUGUCGAUGAGGGCACAGAAGGCAAUUCAACAUCGGAUUUGCUUCUGGAACGAUAUCGUGAGCAGAGCCUAGUUGAUCUUUUGAUCCCUUCUUUGGUAUUGCUAAUAACUCUUUUGCAGAGAUUGCAGGAAACCAAGGAGCAGCACAAGGAUACAAAACUAAUGAAUUCCCUUUUACGAUUGCAUAGAGAAGUGAGCCCCAAGUUAGCUGCAUGUGCUGCAGAUUUAUCCUCUUCUUAUCCUAAUUCUGCACUUGGUUUCGAAGCUGUUUGCAAUCUUACUGUGUCAGCGCUUUCUUGUUGGCCAUUAUAUGGUUGGGUUCCUGGUCUUUUCCUUUUCAUACUUGACAGUCUUCAUGCUACCUCAUUACUGACGUUGGGCCCAAAGGAAACCUGCAGUUUGCUGUGUCUACUGAAUGAUCUGUUUCCCGAAGAAGGUGUCUGGCUUUGGAAGAAUGGAAUGCCUAUGUUGAGUGCUCUUAGAACAUUGGCUGUUGGGACAUUAUUAGGGCCUCAGAAAGAGAGGCAGAUUAACUGGUAUUUACAGCCUGGACACUGCGAGACCCUACUGAAGCAGUUGAAACCACAGCUUGACAAAAUUGCACAGAUUAUUCUCCAUUAUGCUACUAGUACAUUGGUUGUGAUACAAGACAUGCUUCGGGUUUUAAUUGUUCGUAUAGCAUGCCAAAAUGCUGGUAGUGCUUCCACGCUUUUGCGUCCCAUAAUAUUGUGGAUUAGAGAUUGCCUUUUGGAAUCAUCUUCAUUAGCGGACACUGAUGCUUACAAGGUUUACAGAUUGCUUGAUUUUGUUGCUAUCUUAUUGGAGCAUCCACUUGCCAAGCCAUUAUUGUUGAAAGAGCAUGCUGUUCAGAUGCUCACAGAAGUGCUUGAGGGGUGUAUUAGUGCCAUUUAUUCAGAUGGGAAGCAGUUCCAAGAAAGCAGAAAUGCAACAAAAUAUGGGUUUUCUCAGCUUUGUUGGUGUAUCCCUGUAUUCAAGUCCUUACUACUGAUUUGUGAUUCUGGAACAUCUGUGCCUUACCCUGGGACGUAUGAUAGUUACCGAAAAUUGACUACCGAAGAUUGUUCCUUGAUUUUGUCUUGUCUCCUCAAGUUAUGCAAGGUCCUACCAGUUGGGGAAGAAUUACUUGAUUGUCUAUCCGUUUUUAAAGAAUUGGUUUGUUGUAAUGAAGGUCAAAGCGCUUUGAUGUCCAUUUUUUUGCAUAUCCAGUCCUCUGGUGUUGAGGAAUUUGAAUCUGAGAGUAGGCAUGAAAAGGAUGGAAAGUAUAGUCUUUUGAAUGAAUUUGAAUGGAGGAAACAUCCUCCUUUACUAUGCUGCUGGACAAAUUUAUUAAGUUAUAUUGAUUCAAAGGAUGUUCCACCAUUAUUUGCAAUUGAGGCUGUUGGCGUAUUGUCUUCAGGUGCUCUGCUCUUUUGCAUGGACGGGAAAAGUUUGAACCCUGAAAGGGUAGAUGCAGUAAAGUACUUAUUUGGGCUUCCAUGUGAUAUGAGUAGUGCUGAGGGUUUUCAUGAAGAAAAUAUGAAGUGUAUACAGGAGUUGACUACUCUGCUUAGCCCAAAGCUAAAUGAUGAAGAGUUUUCAUCCGUGGCUGAUAUUAAAACAACUUUGCAUCACGUUAUGGAGUCUGCAAAGUCAUUAUCCUUUUUGCUACAAAAGCCCACUGGCUCAGUAGAGGCAGAUGAUAUAAUUGAUAAUGUCAUUCCUCGGUCAUCAGGUAAUGUUCCAGCCUCAUCAAAGAUACGUAAUAUAUCAGAUGGCAUUGCUGAAAAGGCUGAAGAUUACAAUUUUAGUGGACUUGGUGAUAAGUUUCUGUGGGAAUGUCCAGAAAAUUUGCGUGAUAGAUUGUCACAAGCAGUUCUUCCUGUCAAAAGGAAAAUAUCCUCACUCGAGGGGCCAAAUCGGCGUAAAGGAGACAAUGCUCCAGCUGAGACUACGGCCCAAAGUGCAUUCUCCCGGGGAUCGCCUUCUGCUGCCCCUUCUGGCCCUACUCGUAGGGACACUUUCCGGCAGCGCAAGCCAAAUACUAGCAGGCCUCCUUCUAUGCAUGUGGAUGACUAUGUUGCCAGGGAAAGAAAUGUUGAUGGUACUAGUAGUUCUAAUGUAAUUGCUGUGCCACGAGUUGGUUCAACCAGUGGGAGACCUCCGUCUAUCCAUGUUGAUGAAUUCAUGGCCAGACAGAGGGAACGCCAAAAUCCUAUGGGGAUGUCAGUUGGUGAUGCAGCUGCCCAAAUAAAAAUUGCACCUCCUGAUAGUGAAAGAGAUGCGGAGAAGUCUAAUAAAUCUAGGCAGUUGAAACCGGAUCCUGAUGAUGAUCUUCAGGGUAUUGAUAUAGUGUUUGAAGGUGAGGAAUCAGAAUCUGAUGAUAAGCUGCCGUUCCCUCAACCAGACGAUAAUCCACUGCAGCCUUCACCUGUCAUUGUUGAGCAAAGUUCUCCCCAUUCAAUUGUUGAGGAAACAGAGAGCGAUGUGAAUGAAAGUAGUCAGUUUUCUCACUUGGGUACACCAUUAGCAUCCAAUGUUGAUGAAAAUACCCAGAAUGAAUUUUCUUCAAGGAUGUCGGUUUCGCGCCCUGAGAUGCCAUUGACUCGGGAACCAAGUAUUUCUUCAGAUAAGAAGUAUCAUGAACAGUCUGAUGACAUAAAUAAUGUUCCAAUUAAGACCUCUAGGGGGUUUGAUUCUGGUGCAGCAGCUAGUAGUUCUGGGUUUCCUGGCAUGGUUUAUAAUAAGGCUUCCACAUCAUCUGUGCCGGUUGAUUCUAGGAUGCCUCCACACAACUUCUAUCUGAAGCAUGGUCUGCAACAAAUUGGUGCUGUUCCUUUAAGUACACGUUCUCAAGGAUUGUAUGACCAGAAAUUUCCGUUGAAUCAACCUCCUUUACCUCCUAUGCCACCACCUCCAACAAUUGCGUCUCUACAUUCUCAGACCCUGGAUCCUCUUCCAAGUCAGUCAUCUCAGUUUGUUAACUCUAUCACAGAUGUGCAGCCACCUCUGCCCACAGGCUUCCAUGUCCAAACAGAGUAUCUAUCUGUGUUAAGUAACAGUACCUCAGUGCCAUCUUCUAGUCUCAUGCCUGCACGGACUUCCAUGUCUUCCCCUGGUGGAUCUGCUAGGCCUCCACCACCACUUCCUCCGUUGGCACCUCCAUAUUCAACCACGCCUUCUUUGACAUCUUUAAGAACUUCUGCUUCCCAAUCCUCAGUAUACAAUCAAACUAGUAUUGGGACAGCUGAGUUAGGUCAGACCUCUGUUGCAUCCUUAAAUGAUGUUCGAUUUGGCAACCUUUCUGCCUCAGGAUCCCUAGUAACUUCUUAUCCACCACCUCCACUAGCACCACCCUCGCUUUUUAGUAGGCCCACUUCAAUGCCCAUAAGUCUUUAUGCAAGCAGCCCAACUCCUCAUCAGGGAGAAAAUCCCCCCAGUAUCUCGCAGAAUCUUCCGAUUCCUCUUCCUUCCUUCCAAUCUGUACAAUCUCUUGCUCAAUUGCAGCCACUGCAGCCACCACAACUUCCUCGUCCUCCACAGCCGCCUCAGCAUCUCAGGCCACCUAUUCCAGCUUCAUCGCCAUCCGAGCAAGUUGUGUCUAUGCUACAGAACCCUGUUCAAUUGCAAGUGCAGCCAUUACAAAUGUUGCAACAACCCCAAGUUUCUCCAAUCCAUGUAUUUUAUCAACAUCAACAACAAGAGAACUUUUCACAUCUGCAGCAGCAGCUGCAGGUUGAACAUGCUAACCCACAAGUUCUGCAUCAGCAUGCGGAUGGUGCAAGCCGGCAGCAAGAAGAUUCUGGAAUGUCAUUACAACAUUACUUCAGUUCCCCAGAAGCUAUUCAGUCUCUAUUGAGUGACCGGGAUCAACUUUGCCUGCUUCUAGAGCAGCAUCCGAGGUUAAUGCAGAUGCUUCAGGAGAGGUUGGGCCACCUAUAAUGGCAUGAUAUUGGGACCAACGGUUGUAUACUCACCUCGGUUGCUGCUACAGUUUAGCCUGUAAACUACGGAUCAUAUCGUCCCCAAUACGAGUGACUAAUCUGUGCUGGUAAAACCACCAAUAUCAGGAAUGUCUGUGCACAUCGUCCACAUGAAUUUGUAUCGAUGGGCGCUGUGUGUGCGCAUGGAUGUAAUUAACUUUAUAGCCAUUGAUAUUUUGGUUUUUUGCUUUUUGCCAUUCAUUUCUACAAAUUUUUGCUGAUGAGUGAUUCAAGCUACGGGUUUGGCUUCUGACAAGAGAAGGCAGUGGGCCCUACAAUUGUAUUACAAAAAUGUAUCCCACUCAAAUGCAUUUGGGGUACUGUACGUUGUAUUAAAUGGUAGGAUAAUUUAAUUUAUGAGGAACUAAAUAAGUUUUUGAUGUGCAA